AGAGUCUACAACUUACUGACCCCAUCCCUACUUUAAACACCCAUUAUUGGUUUUCCUCAGUCUGAAGUGAUCAAAGUUUUAGUUGAAUCUUCUUGCUUUCUUUCACUUUUCGGGUGUUUUUUUAGCUGGAUUCUGCUAGAUUACAUACAAAUAUUGGUGUUGUUUGUAGCCAUGGAGUAUGCUGUGUCAUCACAGCUUGUUGGGUCAGAGAUUCAUGGGUUUAAAACUAUGCAAGAUUUAGAUGUGCCUGUCAUGUUUGAAGAAGCUAAGACAAGAUGGCUCAGACCAAAUGAGAUACAUGCAAUUCUUUGUAACCACAAGCAUUUCAACAUUUAUGUGAAGCCUGUGAAUUUGCCAAAAAGUGGCACAAUCGUCCUAUUUGACCGAAAAAUGCUCAGAAAUUUCCGGAGGGAUGGGCACAAUUGGAAAAAGAAAAAAGAUGGAAAAACAGUCAAAGAAGCUCAUGAACACUUGAAAGUUGGUAAUGAUGAAAGGAUUCAUGUGUAUUAUGCUCAUGGUGAAGACCAGUCUACCUUUGUACGCAGAUGUUACUGGCUUCUUGAUAAGAGCCUGGAACAUAUUGUUCUCGUUCAUUAUCGUGACACUCAGGAGUUGCAAGGCUCUCCCCCGACUGUCGAAUCGAAUUCUAGUUCAGACCCGCCUACUUCAUGGAAUCUGUCGGAAGAAAAUGAGGUUGUUGACCAAGCAUAUUAUGCCGAGCCUAAUGAGACAAUAAUAAACCAUGAGAUGAGACUUCAUGAAAUCAACACACUUGAAUGGGAUGAGCUUGUGGUCCCAGAUGGCUCCAACAAGUUAACGGCACCCGUAGGAGGAAACAUAUCAUACUUUGAUCAAGAUGGACUAAAUGGAUUUGUAGAUACUGUGGGCCCCAAAGACGUAAACACUAGCGUGACUCUAGAUGUUUUAGACACUAUGGUGAACGAUGGACUGAAAGAUCAAGAUAGUUUCGGAAGAUGGAUGAACUACACCAUGACCGAAUCUCCUGUGAUAGAUGACCCUAUUCUGACAACACAAACCGCGGUUUCAACCGGUUAUAAUCAACAAAUAUUCAGUAUAACUGAAGUCUCGCCCGCAUGGGCUUCAUCAACCGAAGAAACAAAGGUGUUAAUCGUUGGGUUAUUUAACGAAAAGCAUCUACAUUUAGCGAACUCGAAUCUACUUUGCGUGUGUGGAGAUAAUUGCAUUCCUGUUGAAGUCGUUCAACCUGGCGUAUUUCGGUGUUUUGUCUCUCCUCACAGCCCGGGAAUAGUCAACCUUUUCAUCAGUUAUGAUGGACACAAACCCAUAAGUCAAGUAAUCGCGUUUGAAUACCGGGCCCCACCUACACACAAUAUAACAAUCUCAUCAGAAGAAACGUCUGACUGGGAAGUUUUCCGAGUUAAAAUGAGAUUGGCCCAUUUGCUGUUUUCAACAUCCAAGAGCCUUAACAUCUUAUCUAACAAAGUACCACAGAAGACCCUGACACAAGCCAAAAUAUUUGCCCAUAAAACCCGAUCUAUUGUUGAUAGUUGGGAGCAGCUGAUAAGUUCGAUGACCGGAAAAAGAGUAUCUUUCUCACAAGCCAAAAACGGUUUAUUGGAGCUCGUUGUACAGAACAGGAUGCUUGAAUGGCUUUUGGAAAGUAUAUUAGAAGGAAGUAAGGUCCCCGAACGCGAUGAUGAAGGUCAAGGAGUUAUACAUUUGUGUGCUAUAUUGGAUUACACUUGGGCCAUAUUCCCGUACUCAUGGUCAGGUUUAUCGAUUGAUUUUCGUGACAAAUUUGGAUGGACCGCUCUUCAUUGGGCUGCUCACUAUGGGAGGCAAAGAUGUGUGGCAUCUCUUCUAUCUGCAGGGGCGAAUCCGAAUCUGGUAACGGACCCCACUCCGGACAACCCGGGUGGAUCCACCCCUGCUGAUCUGGCAUCCAAGAGUGGUUAUGAGGGUUUGGCUGCUUUUCUUGCUGAAAAAGCAUUAAUAGCUCAUUUUGAAGCGAUGACAUUAGCUGGAAAUGUUAGUGGCUCACUACAAAGUACAAUCCCGACUGAUGAUGAUUAUGUCACAAGUGGCCCGGGGACUAACAUCACUGAAGAGGAGCAAUAUUUGAAGGAUACCCUGGCGGCUUAUAGGAGGGCGGCUGAUGCUGCCGUCCGCAUACAGGCGGCAUUCCGGGAGCAAUCAUUUAAAUUGAAAUCAAAAGCAGUUGAGUCUACUAACACAGAAGAUGAAGCCAGGUGUAUAAUUGCAGCUAUGAGGAUUCAACAUGCUUAUCGUAAGCAUGAAACCAAGAAACAGAUGAAAGCUGCUACUCGUAUACAAUACCGGUUUCGUAGUUGGCAAAUACGUAAAGAUUUCCUCAAUAAACGUCGUCAAGCAAUCAAAAUUCAGGCUUAUUUCCGUGGUUUUCAAGUAAGAAGGCAGUAUAAGAAGAUAGUAUGGUCAGUAGGAGUGUUAGAGAAGGCAAUUCUUCGUUGGCGUCUAAGACGGAAAGGAUUUAGAGGUCUCCAAGUUGCUCCAGACGAAGAAGAAGAUGAGAAGGAAGAGAGCGUUUGUGAGGAAAGUUUCUUCAACGCAAGUAGGAAACAAGCUGAAGAACGUGUGGAAAGAUCGGUUGUUCGGGUGCAAGCCAUGUUUAGAUCAAAGAAAGCUCAAGAAGAAUACAGAAAGAUGAAGCUUGCACAUAACCAAACAUCUUUGAUGUAUGAAGAGCUUCUUAAUCCAGUUAUGAACAUGAAAAUAUGAUAGUUGUGUGUUUUGUGACAUAAUUGUGCUUCAGACAGCUACGUACGUAUAUCUUGUAAAUGACUAGACAUAAUUAAGUUGUAUCCGGUAUCUAUAUUAGGUUGAUCGUCGGCAUUGUUUCUUGAAGAUGCUAUAGACCUUUAGGAGUAAGUCGCGUGCACACUAAGGUCUCAUCUGGGAGAACAUACUGUUGUUGGAUUAAGGUUUUGUUUUAUAGGCUUUGAAUUUCAAAUCUGUAUCUUGGUGGGUCCCUUAUUCUAAUACUAUGGUUUUUGUACCAUGUAUUGUCAAACUAGGAAUGUGAUUGUCCUGUAGUUUUAGGUUAUCGGGGUCGAGAAGUUGAUAAUUAGGACAGGUCAUGUGUUUUGCUUCGGUUCGAGUGUUUUGCUCAAAUGCGUACGUAAACACUGUAACUAUGUUCUUAACUGUGGUAUGUAUAAUAAGGGCUGUAUAACUUUCAAUAGUCAGGCCUAAACAAAUAAUUACAUGUCAUUGGAAUGUUUUGUUGUAUGA